GGCGUCUGGGGCCGGCGGGAGCCGAGCGGCCCGGCCGCCGUCGCCUAAAAUGGCUGUUGGGCUCCUGCGGGCUGCCGGCGGGAGCUGCGGCGUCCCCAAAUAAAGGCGGGUGCGGGUGCGGGCGCGGGUGCCGGCGGCGCGCAUCACCGCAGGUAACCUACUUCCACCGCCUCUGCCGCCGGCGAGCGUGACUCCUCCGUGCGGGAGCGGCGCGGGCUGGGGCGAGCGAUUCCCCCGCUCGCCGCCGUCACCGGUGUAAGGGCAGGAGGAUCCCGGCAGGCGCAGGGGCUGGGCGACGGCUCCCGGACCCCUCGGCGGCGCAGAGCCGGAGCGCGGCGGCAGCGGGGCCUCUCCUGGUGCUGAAGCGGUGAAGCUCCCCGGUGCCCGCCCGGCCCCCGCCCUCCGCGCCCCACCAUGCCGUCCAGCGGCGCCCUCGACGCCAGCAGCCCCGUGCCGGACCGCGAGGCGCUCGACACGCACAAGGGGGAAGAGGAGCCCGAGGAGAACCAGAGCAAGGAGGAGAAGCAGGAUCCGGGGACGCCCAUGAGGAAAGCCGGGCGGCCCGGGCGGAAGCGCAAGCAUGCCCAGGUGGAAAGCAGUGACACCCCCAAAGACAUCGCGGCCGUCCCCAAGUGCCCCCCGCCCUGCCCGGAGGCCAGCCCCGCCGAGCCGCUGCCCAACGGGGACCUGGAGGCGGACGGAGCCCAGUGGAAGGGCGCCGAAGAGGGCAGCACGAGCCCCAAGGGUGGGCGCCCCGAGGAGGACGAGACGGAGAGCCUGCCGGACGGCGAGACGGGCCGGGCGCUGGAGAACGGCCGCUGCACCCCCAAGGAGGGCCUGGACGCCCCGGCCGAUGAGGGUGAGCUGGCCCCUUCCGACCCCCAGAAGAAACGCGGGAGGAGGAAACUCCUGGAGGCCGCAGAGAAAAGCAAGGAAGAGAAGGAGGAAAACAACUUCGACACCCUGAAAAUGGAGGGCUCCCGCGGGCGACUGCGCGGCGGGCUGGGCUGGGAGUCAAGCCUGCGGCAGCGGCCCAUGCAGCGGCACACCUUCCAGGCCGGGGACCCCUACUACAUCAGCAAGAGGAAGCGGGACGAGUGGCUGGCCCGCUGGAAGAGGGAGGCGGAGAAGAAGGCGAAGGUGAUCGCCGUGAUGAACGUGGUGGAGGAGACGCCGCGGGCCGAGCCCCAGAAGGAGGAGGAGGCCAGCCCCCCCGCCUCGCAGCAGCCCACCGACCCCGCCUCGCCCAACGUGGCCACCACGCCUGAGCCUGUGGUGGCCGACGCUGUCGACAAGAACACGUCCAAGUCGGCCGACGACGAGCCCGAGUACGAGGACGGCCGGGGCUUCGGCAUCGGCGAGCUGGUGUGGGGCAAGCUGCGCGGCUUCUCCUGGUGGCCGGGGCGCAUCGUCUCCUGGUGGAUGACGGGACGGAGCCGGGCGGCCGAGGGCACCCGCUGGGUGAUGUGGUUCGGGGACGGCAAGUUCUCGGUGGUCUGCGUGGAGAAGCUCCUGCCCCUCAGCUCCUUCUCCAGCGCCUUCCACCAGGCCACCUACAACAAGCAGCCCAUGUACCGCAAAGCCAUCUACGAGGUGCUGCAGGUGGCGAGCAGCAGAGCAGGGAAGAUCUUCCCGGCGUGCCCCGAGAACGACGAGACGGACACCUCCAAGGUGGUGGAGAUCCAGAACAAGCAGAUGAUCGAGUGGGCGCUGGGAGGCUUCCAGCCGUCUGGCCCCAAGGGCCUGGAGCCCCCCGAGGAGGAGCGCAACCCCUACAAAGAAGUGUACACGGAGAUGUGGGUAGAGCCCGAAGCCGCCGCCUACGCACCGCCCCCGCCCGCCAAAAAGCCCAGGAAAAGCACAACGGAGAAGCCCAAGGUCAAGGAGAUCAUUGACGAGCGCACCCGAGAGCGACUCGUCUACGAGGUCCGGCAGAAAUGCAGGAACAUCGAAGAUAUCUGCAUCUCCUGCGGGAGCCUCAACGUCACCCUGGAGCACCCUCUGUUCAUCGGGGGGAUGUGCCAAAACUGCAAGAACUGCUUCUUGGAGUGCGCGUACCAGUACGACGACGACGGCUACCAGUCCUACUGCACCAUCUGCUGCGGUGGCCGCGAGGUGCUCAUGUGCGGCAACAACAACUGCUGCAGGUGCUUCUGCGUGGAGUGCGUGGACCUGCUGGUGGGCCCGGGGGCGGCGCAGGCGGCCAUCAAGGAGGACCCCUGGAACUGCUACAUGUGCGGCCACAAGGGCAUCUACGGGCUGCUGCGGCGGCGGGAGGACUGGCCCUCCCGCCUGCAGAUGUUCUUCGCCAACAACCACGACCAGGAGUUUGACCCACCAAAGGUUUACCCGCCUGUCCCAGCCGAGAAGAGGAAGCCCAUCCGCGUGCUCUCGCUCUUCGACGGCAUCGCCACAGGCCUACUGGUGCUGAAGGACCUGGGCAUCCAGGUGGACCGCUACAUUGCCUCCGAGGUGUGCGAGGACUCCAUCACCGUGGGCAUGGUGAGGCACCAGGGCAAGAUCAUGUACGUCGGGGACGUCCGAAAUGUCACCCAGAAACACAUACAGGAGUGGGGCCCGUUCGACCUGGUAAUAGGGGGCAGCCCCUGCAACGACCUCUCCAUCGUCAACCCGGCCAGGAAGGGGCUGUACGGUGGGUGUCCCCUCGCUGCUGCCGCUGCAAAACCACCAGCACUGGCUGCCCCCCUGACACCAUCCCUCUCUCUCUCCUGCCCAGAGGGCACCGGGCGCCUCUUCUUCGAGUUUUACCGCCUCCUGCACGAAGCCCGGCCCAAGGAGGGCGACGACCGGCCCUUCUUCUGGCUCUUCGAGAAUGUGGUGGCCAUGGGGGUGAGCGACAAAAGGGACAUCUCGCGCUUCCUCGAGUCCAACCCCGUCAUGAUCGAUGCCAAAGAAGUGUCUGCGGCACACAGGGCGCGGUACUUCUGGGGAAACCUUCCCGGUAUGAACAGGCCGCUGGCAUCCACAGUCAACGAUAAGCUGGAACUCCAGGAGUGCCUGGAGCACGGCAGGAUAGCCAAGUUCAGCAAGGUGCGAACUAUCACCACUCGCUCCAACUCCAUCAAGCAGGGCAAAGACCAGCAUUUCCCCGUCUUCAUGAACGAGAAGGAGGACAUCCUGUGGUGCACGGAGAUGGAGAGGGUCUUCGGCUUCCCGGUGCAUUACACGGACGUGUCCAACAUGAGCCGCCUGGCCCGGCAGAGACUGCUCGGCAGAUCGUGGAGCGUGCCGGUGAUCCGCCACCUCUUUGCUCCCCUGAAGGAAUACUUUGCCUGCGUUUAAGAGAGACAGACAGGAACUGGUAACACAGAGCGCGUCAGAAACAAAACCAUCCACGCCAAGAGAAGUGAAAACACGGAAUGAGAGAAGAGUCAGCACCCAGAAGAGAGACGGGAUUUUGCAGCCCGACGGGAACCCGGCACACGUCUCCCCGAGCGAAAGGGUUCGGUGUCCUCUCCUGAAUUUCCAAUGUUCAGCUUUUAGCCUAUUUAAAAAAAAACAACAAAAAAAAAACAACAAAAAACGACAAAAAAGAAAGAAAAAAAAAGAAAACAAAAAAACAAAAAACCA